GGAGGCAGAGCUGCAGUGCGGACAAACAGGCUGGGGCCGGAAUUUCUUACACCCACAGACCGCUCCUGUUAACCGGACUGAGUCUGCUUCAACCGGGUCUCUGUAUCUAGCUUGGCGUGAGUUUGAUACCUGAAUCCCGUCCAUCAGGGGGGAGGGUGGACCAGUCCGCAUCCAUCUCUCCCUCCUUCCCUCCCUCCCUCCUCCUCCUCCUCCUCCUCCUGCUCAACUGCAGCAUCGGAAAACUGGAGGAGGACCUGUACCAGGACAGCAGCAGGGUUGUAAUGAGCGCUCCUAACCACCAUUCAAGUUUUUCUUUCUUUCUUACUGGACCGGGUCUUGCAGCGGGUCUGCUUUGCACGGAACUACUAAUUUGAGGACCGACCCGAUCUGGAUUGAUAGCCAAUCGGGGACUGUUGGAGGAGAAAUAAAUGGUGAUUUAGUCCUGUGGGAGUCUGAGGCCCAAACCACGGCCCCCUUUCGGAGGAACAGUGGGUUUUCUGGACCAGAACGUUUUGUGCCGAAGUAAAAUCCCAGAUGAAGAUUCCCAAAAGGCGGAAAAGGAGCGGACGGUGCGCCAGAUAAAUGGCUCUUUUAAGCUGGGAGCUGCUCGUGUUCUGUCUGGCUGGCAGAUGCAGUGCCUAGUCCCCGGCCUCCAGGACAACGCCAACAUGAAUGGGACGUCCGAGCAGGCCGACAUCCUGCCGCCAAACUGCAUGGUCAAAGACCGAUGGAAAGUGCUGAAGAAGAUUGGUGGUGGCGGGUUUGGGGAGAUCUAUGAGGCCUUGGACCUGCUGACGCGGGAGAACGUGGCGCUGAAGGUGGAGUCGGCCCAGCAGCCCAAGCAAGUGCUAAAGAUGGAGGUGGCAGUACUGAAGAAGCUGCAGGGUAAAAACCACGUUUGUAAGUUUAUUGGCUGUGGAAGAAAUGACAAGUUCAACUACGUAGUCAUGCAGCUUCAGGGUCGUAACCUGGCGGACCUGCGGCGGAGUCAGCCCAGAGGAACCUUCACCAUGAGCACCACUCUGAGACUCGGCAAGCAGAUCCUGGAGUCCAUCGAAGCCAUCCACUCAGUGGGUUUCCUGCACCGCGACAUAAAACCGUCAAACUUUGCAAUGGGUCGGCUUCCCUCCACCUACAGGAAGUGCUACAUGCUGGACUUCGGUCUGGCGCGUCAGUACACCAACACCACGGGAGAGGUCCGACCGCCGAGGACUGUUGCAGGUUUUAGAGGAACGGUCCGAUACGCUUCGGUCAACGCUCACAAAAACAAGGAAAUGGGUCGCCAUGAUGACCUUUGGUCAUUGUUUUACAUGUUGGUGGAGUUUGCUGUCGGACAGCUGCCAUGGCGGAAGAUCAAAGAUAAGGAACAAGUUGGUCAAAUUAAGGAGCGUUAUGACCAUCGGCUGCUGCUCAAACACAUGCCUGCGGAGUUUAAUGUCUUCCUGGACCAUGUCCAGGCCCUGGACUACUAUACCAAACCAGACUACCAGAUGCUGAUGUCAGUGUUUGAGAACAGCAUGAAGGAGCGAAUCAUCACUGAGAAUGAGCAAUUCGAUUGGGAAAAGGGAGGAAGUGAUGUCACGCUGCAAACCGGUGCCUCCCCUCAGCCUCAGCACAACACCCGACCCACUGCAGCCAUGGUCGGUGCCAUUGUGACGCCAGUUCCUGGAGACCAGCAGAGGGAAAACACAGAUGAUGUUCUGCAGGAUGAACAUCUCAGCGAUCAGGAGAACGCUCCUCCCCCCACACCCAGCCGACCCCCCGGCGAGACGGCCGUCCAGCAUGUUGGAGAGCCGGGAGAGGCCUGGGAGAACACAGACGUCAACCGCAACAGACUCAGGAUCAGUCUGAACAAGGGGGCUCAGGAAGAGGAAGCGAGUCGUGGUCCGUGUCCAGUGUCACCGGUUCGAGGUGGAGCCCCAGAUUCUCCGACAGGUCAGGGUCGGUCUUUACGAUACCGUCGGGUCAACAGUCCAGAAUCUGACCGCCUGAGUGCUGCUGAGGGCCGGGCCGACGGCUACGGACAGAGGUCUAGGAUGGACAUCCUGGGAUCUCCAUCUCGUCAUGUGUACUCCUCUCAGCCAGCUCAAAUGCUGUCUGUUGAUCCUGGUUGUCGUGGAGAUCGUCAGGUCAGCGGACGCCAGGAGGUAUCGGUGGCUUCUGUUGACCAAGAGGCGCACAGCAAUGCUUUUAUCCGCUCUGUCCCGCUGGCUGAGGAGGAGGAUUUUGAUAGCAAAGAGUGGGUGAUCAUCGACAAAGAGACAGAGCUGCGGGACUUCCAUCCAACUACGUCGGGAACUACGGAUGAGGAGCCCGAGGAGCUUCGCCCACUGGAGGAGCAGGAGGAAAAGAGGAGGCUCAGAGCUGGAGGUGGAGAGCUGGUGGUCCGUCCAAAGACUCACACCCGGGACAGCAGCCGGGGGAUGCUAACAUUAACCGAGGAGGAGGCGUCAAGGAGGAGUGGCGGGAGCCCCGCACAGUCGCCAUGCCACUCGCUGCCGUCAGGACGCCCUCGCCGGAGAGAGUCGGAGCCGACUGGACCUCAAAGACCGGGGUUGUCCCCCACAGAGCAGAGUAUCCCAUCGCCGUCCUCUCCAGACUAUCGAACGAAGGGCCAGGGUGACGAGAAGGAGCAUUUCCACAUCCUUCCUCAGCUGCAGGCCAAGAGGGCUGACUUCCUCACUGUCAUGUUGACUGGUACAUUGCCUCAGCGCCGAAGCUUUGCCACACCAGAUAAAGAGGAACCAGAACCUCCAGGGCCAAAAGAUGACGAUGUUACAAAGAGUGAAUCCAACAGCGAGGCCAGUCAGAAAAGCACAGAACGUAGUCAGGACGCUGCGCCCUCGACACUCAUGGCCGAGGACCAGAGAGGCCAGAGGGAGCAUGCCUCAGUUGCUGAUGCUGACCCAGAUCUGGAGGAUGCAUCAAAAACCCUUGUUCUUUUCUCACCUGGAGAUACUCGCAAGUCUCCCUCUGGUGGAGAUCACGGUCUUGAGGCUGAGUUGGCCACACCGUCUGCUCCAAAUUCCCGAAACGACCGCCUCCUUGUCGGGGAGGCGAUUCAGCCUGAACCCUCUGAGACUGGCCGCUUGUCUCCAGCUCUCAGAUCAGACCUGAAACCCCCACCUCCCAUUGCUCCUGCAUCACCUCCCUUUACCAAAGUUGAGCGCACUUUUAUCCACAUUGCAGAGACAUCACACCUCAAUGUCAUGUCUUCAAAUGGUCACUCUGCUAAGGACAGUGACCGGGAAGUCUUUGUCAUUAUAAAGGAAUCUACUGUAGAGGUUGACAAGCAUGACCAGGAGGGAUCACUAGUGACAAAACAGUCUCCAGAGGACCCUGUGCCAGUCAUAGCUACCACAGCUGACAAACAAUCCAAAACUGAAAAUGGUCCAUCAGCUGUCCAGGCUCAGUCUUUGGAGAUUGUCCCAGAAGCCAGCUUACCAGUUUCUGAACAUAAAGAUCUAUCACAGGAACCUAAGAAACAGCCAUCCUCAAGUGAGGAAGCUGUCAAGCUUCAGGCAGUGGGAUCAGAGCUACCAGCUGCCAUCAAGCCCAAAAUCCGAAGCCGGAUCCCAGUACUCAUAUCUGAAGAGGACUCAGGCUCAGAACAGUCCUCUUCUCUCUCUGCCAGGGCUCGGCUUCAGCAGCGAGCGAGGCAGCUGGACUUGGCACGUAUGCUGGUCCAGAAGCAACAAGGUCGCUGGAUGAGGAGGAGAAUGCUUUCUGGGACAUCAUCAUCAUUGUCCUCUGGGGAUGAUGAGCGCCGGAGAGCAUCUGAAACUUUAUCCACUACCGGCUCAGAGGAGGACAUGCAUACCUCGGACGAGUCCAAGAGGAGUUCUCGUCUCAAAACGACUGAAGAGCAAGGCUCAAAGGAGUGCAGGAGCAAGAUCCCCAGACCUGUCACUCCCAUAAAAAGAUCUCCAGGAGGACUUGCUGCUGCUGGCCCCUCUCCUCUGUCCUUACCAGAGUCCCACAGUACCAAAGGAGCGUCAUCCGUCAUUAAUGGAAAUCAGAAAACUGGAAUACGCACUCUCAGCGGCCAACGGAAUUCCAAGCCAGUCUCACCCAGGUCCUCCUCUUCCUGUCCCCGCCCUUUAGCUGCCCCGCCCGGCAGUCCUCGAAUGCCUCUUAAUGUCCUGUUUGCAACCCGACGCAGCCUUAGCUCCACCCACUGCAGGACCGACAGCCCCUCCCCUCAGAGAGUAUGCCCGUCCAGACAGCCCCUCUCGGUUCGAGCCCCUACUGUCCCCAUGCUACCACCCAGGACUACAACAACCAUGCGGCGCAGCGCCUCGCAGGAAGCCACCGUGCAGUCUUCUGCCACUUCGACCUCCAGGACCAGGCUGAAACCAGUAGCUAAGGGAAAAUCAAAUACCAGGGAGAAGUCGGUGCCCGCUAGAUAAUACAAAGAGACUCAUAUCAGAGAUGCGUUGGUGUGUAAUCAGUCUUUGAACAAGCUACGCCUCAAAGGUUUUCACCUGACUUAAUAAUAGACUGUGAUGUUACAAUGACCUCCAUCAAUUCAUUAAAUGUAAACAGACAGCUUAUAUUUUCCAAGGAUAGUUAACUGAUCCUUUCUUAAUGGGCUUCCAGUAAUCCUGACUGUCAAACAGGAGCGUUGCUGCCAUGGUGCUAUGGAUAUGUCUGCUGCUCCCUGGUCGAUACCUAAUUUAACUGCUUCCUUGAGCUGAGAGUCAUGGCUUCAAAUGAGUUAGUUUUCAGAUACACUCACCUAACACAGUACUCCCAGCUUUCCUAAACAAUGCUACUCUUCUAUCAACAAUACUCUGCUUGGUUCACAUUGCAUGGAAAUGUACAUCACAAAUGUAUGGAAUGUGUAGAGGGAAAACUAUAUUGAAUUAUUUGAUAUAGUUAUCGCUUUUAUAUUGGCCAUGAACAAAUUAAAUUGGACUGGUUUGAAUGCCCCACUGUGUUGAGAUAAUAAGAGAUUCCUAACCAUAUCCUGCACUCAGUAUGACCCUGGAUAAACAGAAGGAUUAAAUGUGAACGCAAAAUUAAUUGCUCGGCCACUCGUCUCCUCCUCAUGGUGUGAUAAUGGGCAUGCUUUAAUUAUUCUAUUUCCUGAGUGUUUUAUUUUGUUUAUGCUCUGAAUUGUACAUAAUAGAAUCAUUUCCCAUAAAGACAUCUUUAUUUUUUAUCUUGCCAAGCAAAGUGUAAAUUAAGUAUUUAGCCUUCUGUUCCAGUGUGUUGACACUAUGCUUGUUUUUUACGCAUGAGAAAAAACAGGGUUAACCAUGAGAGGAAGUUAUGCCUGCUUGGACUCAGUGCAAUCAUGUGCUGGUUGUUGGGCCAUGUGUUGUUUGUGUGGAGUUGCUGGGCAAUGAGCUGUGAAGUAAAGUCUUGGUCAUGUGAAGGAGAGUCUUGUAAUUAUUUUCUUAUUGUUCUCCAGCAUUUGCUAACUUUGCAUUUUUACCUCUGUUAUAGACACGCAUAUCAUAUUCUUGGGCAACUGGCAUCUAACAACAAAUAUUAGCCACCUGCUGUCUGAUUUAGGCCAGUCCCAUCCCUCUUUGGCUUUACCACUUGCCCCUAUGCCUCCAUUUUAAAAAGGAUGUCCUCCUUUUCUUUUAGAAAUAAAAAAGUAAAAAGUGUCAUCUAGCCGUUAAAGCAAGGCAAGAUAGUCAAGUGAAACAUUUAUUUGAGCCCCCAAAAGAAAAACUAUUGUAUAAGUUUAUGUUUAAUUACUGGAUGAAUAAAAUACACAAUCAUCGGCUA